CUAGGAAUAACAAGCAAGACCGCCAGAAGUUGAACAUCACGAGAACAAUUCAAGAAACAACUUUCUGCAAAACACUCAUCAAAAUUUCGCGGUGACACAGAGCAACUCAACACUCUGAAAAUACAGCGGCAAUAUCUGCUGUCCUUUAGACGGUCAUUUUGCGCUCGAUUCAGCCAUCGUCAUUAGAGAAUUGGGCCACGGCCUUUUUUUCUGUCUCAAUUCAUCCCGAUAAACCGCAACACAAUGGCUGGUGGUGCAGGUAAAUACCGCCAUCUCAGCCGCGACUCUGCCCACAGACAAGCGCUUUUACGGAAUCUCGUCACUUCUCUUUUCAAGCAUGAAUCCAUCACCACCACAUGGCCCAAGGCCAAAGAAGCCCAACGCCUUGCCGAAAAGCUCAUUACGCUAGGCAAGAAAAACACCGAAGCGAGUCGAAGGAGGGCAAUCCAGAUAUUCUACACUCCCCAUGAGAUCAUUCCCAAACUCUUUGGACCCCUUCGAGAACGUUAUGCAGACAGACCAGGUGGAUACACACGGGUUCUACGUGUCGAGCCCAAGAAGGACGACCAAGCCCCCAGCGCAAUCUUAGAACUAGUUGAUGGACCAAAGGACAUGAGAUUUGCCCUUGCAGCGAGGACAGUGGCCCGAGAGCGCGAACAAGGCUUGCAAACACUGGCUGAAUUCACCCAACUCAAUGUGAAAAAGGUUACCCAGUUCCGGAAAGAUGGCGUCGAGGCUCUGGAGCGGGAAAUCGAGAGACUAAAUUUGGAGAAGCAAAGGAAGGAAGAAGGGGAGGCAGAAGGGGGGAAGAGGCAAGUGAUAAGAGGCCCAGAAAAUGAAUAUAAAUUCACUGCGAUGGAUGGUGUGAAUGUACAUGUAUAAUUAAGGCGCAAUAGCAUUGGACUUUCUAUUGUAUCAAGUGUAUUAUAUCAAGGGACUAUAUUCAUCUAUAACGCUGAAGCUGUGUACCGCAUGCAAACGUUCAAUUUUGCAUGUAGUAGGUAGAAAAGUAGAAUCCCUCAGACGGCUAUUGAAAUGAUAUUUGAUACUGAAGUUCCAUGGAAUUGAUACAUGCACGCGGGAAAACUUUUAUGGAACCAAAUGAUCU